AUGAUCAAAUGUAGAGCAUGUCUUAAAACAGAAGAAAAUCUUAAAAUGUAUCCAUUAAAUGACAAAAUCAUUGUAUACUUUAAUUUGCUCACUGAGAUAAACGUAAAACUUAAUGAUAGUAUGCCACAACAAAUAUGUGAAUGCUGUCUUGAUAUAGUUAAUUUGUUUAUAGAAUUUAGAGCUAAAUGUAUUUUGUCGAAUUCUAUUUUAUUAGACAACAACAUACAGAAUAUUAAAGAGGAGAACAGAGAAAGCAAAACUGAUAAUGACAGUAUUAAACAAGAAAAAAGUGAACUUCAUAACAGUGAUGGUGUUCAUAGUGAUGUUGAUGAUAACUUCAUAUAUGAGUUGGUGUUAAAUGAAAAACAAUUUGAAGGAGCAAGUAAUGAUAAAUUGGAAGGUAAAUGCAAAAAAAAAUUGGUGAAAAGCUUUUCUUGUGGCCUCUGUAUUAAGGAAUUCAAAGAAAGAAAUUCAUUAGUAGAACACUUAGAUAUUCAUAAAAUUAAUGGUGACAAUAUUUGUGACUUGUGUAUGCAAAAUUUCUCUGACUGGCAGGAAUUAUUUUCACAUAGAUUAAUACAUUUGUCCAAUAAAAAUGACAAAGUUUGUCAUAUAUGUUUUACAAAGUUUGUAUCUCCUGCAUUUUUAGAAUAUCAUUAUAAAAAGCAACAUUUGAAUAAGGAGAAUCCCAUUCUACGCUGCUGUUCGUGUAAACAAAGUUACACUACUCCUCAGGAAUUACAAGAGCAUAAAGCAAGAUGUCAUGGAGAAGAAUCAUUAAUCUGCAAUUGCUGUUCAAAAAUAUUUACAAACGAAAAACAACUUAAGCAGCAUGUAACUAAACAUACAGAGAGAAAGACUGUGGAAGAUGUUAUUGAAAACUCCAGCAAAAAUAUUGGUAAUUUAGAAACAAACCAUAAAGUAUCUAAUGAACAGAAGGAAAAAGACUUAAAUGCCAAAAAAAGUAAAAAUAUAAAAAAAAUGGAAACCAGAUUACUUUGCGGGCUUUGUGAAAAUAUAUAUGAAAGUUUAGAUUCUUUAUUGGAACACUUGGAUAGUCAUAAGAAAAACAGUGAUAACACGUGCCGCGUGUGUGCGCAGACAUUCACAAACUGGACACAGUUGUUUUCGCACAGAUUACAACAUUUACCUACGAAACAAAAAGCAUGCCAUAUUUGCUUCAAAGGAUUCCGAUCACAUGUAUAUUUGGAACACCAUUACAAUAAAAUUCAUUGCAACAAUGAAAAAGCGAUGGUUAACUGUUUGACCUGCAAUAAAAGCUACAACACACCCAUUAAAUUACGAAAACAUGUAUGGAGAAGUCAUUCUAAUAAAACCUUUAUAUGUGACUUUUGUUCAAGAACAUAUUGUCAAAAAGAUCAACUGAGAAAGCAUAUAAAGGGACACAUGGGCCGCGAGUCUCUUGAGUGUGACCAAUGCGAUUACUCUACUAAAUAUAUUACAAAUCUAAAGGAACACAAAAUAAGGAAGCACACGCCUAAAAGAGUCUAUUGCAAAGUGUGUUCUAGAGUAUUUAGUGACCAACUCAAGCUCGACGCCCAUAAGUGUAACGUACGAUCGUUAAUUUGCUCCACAUGCGGAAAAACGUUUAAAGGAAACAAACAGCUCACGCGGCACAUGGCGUCGCACGAGAGCGUGGGGCGCUUCCAGUGCGCGCGCUGCCCGGCGCGCUACCGCUCGCGCUCGGCGCUGCGCGCGCACCGCGACCGCCACGACGGCGUGCGCGCGCGCCGCUGCCCGCACUGCCCCGCCGCCUUCUACUCCUUCUCCGUGCUCACCAAGCACAAGCGCACACACACAGGAAUAAAACCAUAUGUUUGCAAAAUUUGUCAAAAGGCAUUCACUGGAAACAAUAAUUUAAAAGUCCACAUGAGGGUCCAUGGAGAAUACUUAAUCACGAAGAGAGUAACAAAUAAA